CGUUUGAAGCCUUCGGUCUUUGCUCGGGAGACGAUGGGCGCGGGGGACUCAAAAUGCAACUGUGGCCUUUGCCACUGCUGUGGCGAUGGGCCCUUAGAGCCCUGGCGCGACUCCGGCGGAUGCAUCCGCAUGCUCAUCAUCGCUUUAGACUAUGACUAUGCGCCCUCCGCCGAGCUAACGUGCACAAAGGAUGCACGCACUAUGUACAGGAUGGCCGGACGUGCCGGCGUGGACGACAUUACCGUAAUCACGGACAAGGCGGGAGUUGGAGAUCCCAGCUUUCCCACACGUUCUUUCGUUCUCCGCCAUAUGCGGCAAGUCGCGAAACGGUGCGAAGAAGGAGACUG